AUGCUGCCAAGUUUUGCCAUGAGAACAAAGCUGCUUCUCCUGCUGUUGCUGCUGCUGCUGCUGCCCAGCAAAGCCAGUGGGAGAAAAUGUCCCCUCGAUUUCACCAAGGAUCGGGAUGGGGUGUACAAUUAUUACCACCCAGGCCAUCUCUUCCUUGGUGGGAUUGUCCCUCUAAGAGCAGGUCUGAUUUGGCCAGACACCUUCCAGGAGCCUCUCUUUAACCAACUGGCUUGGAAAGGCGACAAUUCAUACUGGUUCCUUCUGUCCUUUCUUUUUGCCAUUCAAGAGAUCAACCGGAAUCCCUGGGUUUUGCCCAAUGUCACCCUGGGUUAUGACAUCUAUGAGAACUAUUAUGACGCACGAAUGACCUCUGAUGCCCUGGCAGACUUGCUCUCCACCGGAGAGGCAAAUGUUCCAAACUACAGGUGUGGGAGAGAAAAGAGGUUGCUGGCUGUGAUUGAAGGGGCUGAGUCUGACAUUUCUGAGCAGAUUUCCACCUUGUCCAGCCUCUACAAAAUGCCACAGGUCAGUUACGGUUUUGUGUCUGAGACUCUGAAUGAUAAGACUCGGUUCCCCUUCAUCUACCGGUUGGUCCCCAAAGAAGAUUACUUGUAUUGGGGCAUUGCCAAAUUGCUCCACCAUUUUGGGUGGAACUGGGUCGGUCUCCUUGCACCAGACACUGAAAACGGAGAAAGAUUCCUACAGACUUUGAACCCCAUAUUAACCAGGAGCACAAUUUGCGUGGCCUUCUCCGUGAGCAUCCCAACGUUGCCCUGGAAAAUGGGACUGCCGUCCAAGGAACCAUCUACCAUGUGGAAUCACGUCAGUGUUUUCAUUUACUAUGGGGAAUCUUGCUACUUCUACAGUUCAAUAAUCGUGUUGCAACAUUAUACUGAAACUCAUGUGAGGUCCCUUGUGGGGAAAAUUUGGGUGAGCACAGCAAUGUGGGACCUCACCCUGAACUUAUCCUACAAAAUCCUGUCUCCCCAGCAUCUCCAGGGACGGAUGAGGUGCCGGGAGAAAGAGGAUCUGGAGACCCUGCCAGAAGAGGUGCUGGAAAAAACCCUCUCUCUGGACAGCUAUGGUAUUUACAACCUUGCCUGGGCAGUUGCUCGGGCUUCACACGCUGCCUACUUAUCCAGGUCCAAGUGGAAAGCCAAGAAGGAAAGGGAUCACAGGCUGGUCCUUCAGACGUGGCAGCUUCAUUCUUUCCUGGGAGAUGCCCACUUCUACAAUACUUGCAUGGAUGGAGUGUAUCUGGAUGAGAAAGGGGACCUCGCUGCCAAAUUUGAUAGCGUGAAUUGGGUGCCCUUUCCCAAUCAGUCUUUUGGGGCAGUGAAGUUUGGGAGGAUAGAUAGACCAUGGGGGUCGCAGGAUCUGGAAUUCAUCCUUGACCAGGAGGCCACAAAUUGGUCCCAGCGGUUUAACCAGUCCCUUCCUCGCUCCAGGUGUACCGAAAGCUGUCGCCCCGGCCAAGCCAAGGUGGUCCUAGAAGGAAGGCCUCUUUGCUGCUAUGGGUGUGUCUUGUGUGCAGAAGGCUCCAUCUCCACUCAGGAAGAUGCCGAGCAGUGCAGAAGGUGUCCAGCAGAUCACCAUCCAAAUAAGGAGCAAGACAAAUGCAUCCCCAAGGAGGUCACCUUCCUGUCAUACCAAGAAGACUUGGGGAUGAUCCUGGCUUCCUUUGCCCUCAUCAUGUCUUUGGUCACAGCCUUGGUCUUAGCAAUCUUCAUCAGAUUCUUAGAAACUCCCAUAGCCAAGGCCAACAACCGGGACCUCUCCUACAUCCUCCUGGUCUCUCUGCUGCUUUCCUUCUUGACCUCCCUUCUCUUUAUUGGCUGUCCAAGACCGGCCACCUGCCUGCUCCGACAAACCGCCUUCAGCAUCAUCUUCUCCAUUGCCGUCUCUUCUGUCUUGGCCAAAACAAUCACAGUGGUGCUGGCUUUCCUGGCCACGAAUCCUGGGAACACCAUGAGGAGAUGGCUGGGAAAAACUCUGGCCAACUCCAUUGUCCUUUCUUGCUCCGGUCUCCAAGUUGUCAUGUGUAUCAUCUGGCUGGGAGUUUCCCCCCCAUUCCCUGAAUCUGACCUGCACUCCCAGCCAGAGAAGAUUGUCUGGCAGUGCAAUGAAGGCUCUGUGGCCAUGUUUUAUGGUGUCCUUGGCUACAUGGGCUUCCUAGCUGCCAUCUGCUUCAUGGUGGCUUUCCUGGCCAGGAACCUGCCCGGGGCCUUCAACGAAGCCAAGCUGAUCACCUUCAGCAUGCUGGUCUUCUGCAGCGUCUGGGUCUCCUUUGUGCCCACCUACCUGAGCACCAAGGGGAAGUACAUGGUGGCCGUGCAGGUCUUCUCCAUCUUGGCCUCCAGUGCUGGCCUGCUGGGCUGCAUCUUCAUCCCCAAGUGCUACAUAAUAUUGUUACGACCUGAUCUGAAUACAAAGGAGCACUUAACGACACAAACUAGAGAUAGUUUGAACAGGAAUGCAAAAGACUCCUACCAUUCUCAUAACCCUCUGAAAAGUCAUUUGUCACAGUCGGAUUCCCUCUAG